AUGAAGCUGAAAUUAAACAUCGGGAAAAAGAAGAAGGGGUUGUUUGACUUCUCCAUAAUUGAAGGUUGCAAAUCCCUUAUGGGGACACUCUUUGGAACUGGUGUUGAAAAAUAUUUCAGAAUAGUUAACCUUGCAAUAGUUGCAAUAUUCAUCACUGUUCUGAAAUAUAUAUACUCCUUCGAUAUGAAAUAUGCAAGAAAGAAGGACAAGAACUUGAUCUACAUGUACUAUGGAUUUUUAGUAUGUCUUGUGGGGUUCGCCAUCAGCAUUAACUGGAUAUACUUCGAGUAUUACAAAAAUAAGAAAAAGGGAAUCUCCCCCUUCGAUGUUAAAAUGGGGAGUAAGAAAAAAUAA